AUGUUCAACCCGCUCAUCCUGCUUCUGGCGACCUCGACGUCGGCCUACUACUAUCCGUACGACGACCUCAUCCCGCCGGUGACGUCAUUGGAGUCGAAACCUCCUUUCGGUUUCCUCAACGUCGCCAAGAAUCCCGUCAGAAGCCCUCUGGACAACGACUUCUGGCGGAAGAUGGCAGUUCGCCGAAUCUCUGGAAUGCCUCUGAGGACGCCGCCACGCUCACGGCCCGUCUUCGACUUUUCACUCUGA